AUGUCGCGCAUCACAGAGCAUCCACUACGGGCCAAGAGGAGAAAGCUGGAUGAUGAUUCACAUCCAGUUCCAGAGGUGAAUUUUACAUCGCCAGCCCAGUUGCGCGAGUUGCUAGUCUUUCAGCAAAAUCCCGCGACCGCCAAGCAAGGCCUUGUUCAUUUCAAAGAGUUUCUGUCUUCUAUCCAUAACCCGGAAAAAGAAAAAGACAAGGCCCAGAAGCUGAAGGUUCUGAAGGGCUAUUGUGAUAAGCAAAUCUCGCCGGGCAAGGAAGAAGGCGACUCCAUUUGCUUUCCAGACAUCAUCCAGUCCUGGAGCUUUGCGGACGCUAACAACAAUGAGCCGCUUCUGACUACUGUUCCUUCGGUUCUUGCCAUCUUCUUGAAGACCAUCUCCCGAGAGAUUGAUUUCCGCGACUUUGGCCUUGCCCUGUGCAAGCAUCUGUUACAGAAGGACCAACUGAGACUUUUCAAUCGUGGUCUGACUGCCGCAAAAGCGAAAGAGCAUCUUAUCUCUCCCUGUCUCCGCCUUUUGACCGAAAUCGUCACAUAUGAUGGCGGUGCGGUUGCCCGGCAAUUAUACAACCGCCGCUAUAUCGUCUUUAAGCGUCUUGAGAUCUUUUUAACUCCCAACAAGGUUAAUCCUGAUGCGGGUCCGGAGGAGGUAUCAAAAUCGACACUUCGCCGAAAUGCCCAACGCUAUCUACUCGCCAAUCUGAGGGUGCAACAUACACUCGAGAAGAGCGAUAUCAUUGAGCAGUUCAAACUCACCAGAGCAUUCCUCGAGCCUCUCCGCAAAGAUCCUCGGGAAAUCACCUUGGAAGUGAUCAAGGCGAUUGAGAGAGAUAUCAUCCAGGAUGCUUCUAUCCCACGCAAGACCAAGAGUAAGUUUUUCAACCGUGGAAAUAUGGAGAAGUUGGUCACACUUUAUGGCUACGACCGGGAAUCCGAUGAGCCCAACCCCGAGGGAAUCUCAAUCGCCAAUGAGAUCCACCGCAUCUUGUUGAACCUCUGCAAAACCGCCGAUCUUGGCGUACUUCUUCCUGAGUCGGGAUGGUAUCCGGUCGGAGUUGACCCGGAGAGGCUUCCUGUGGACGACGAUGAGUGUAUCGAGCUGGGCCUCGAUUCGCCGAUUUAUGUCGACAAAUUCCGGGAGUUGGUUCCUGUUCGCAACGGCACGUUGUCAUACCUUAUUCAAUGUCUACGCCCCGAUGUCGAUAGUCUCCAGAUUGAACUGCUCGUGACAAUCUUCAAGGUUGCACCAGAGCUGAUUGCCGACUACUUCACCAAGAAGACAAUGUUCACAGCCGACCCUAAAGCAACACCCUCCUGGAUGGCCGAGUCCGCAUUCCUAUUUUCGACGGUACAACUUCCCGUUCCUACGAAUUGUGGCUGGAAAGACAAACAACCAAUCCUGCCGCCACCAGUCUCAAUCGUCAUUGAGAACAUUCUUCCGCGCCCUUUGAGCCAGAAGAUUAUGUCUCGCUGUUUGAACCAGAAUGCAGAGAUCAUUACCCUGUUUUCUGUGCGAAUCUUGUCUCUUGCAUUUACAAAAUUGCGGGCAGUUCUCAAGAUCUUCCGGGAGGACCAUGGCCAAGGACAACUGUUUUGGAACCAAGCCUCAUCUAGGCUGCUCGCUGAGUUCUCUCGCCGGUGCCCCGCUCUCAAGGAUGUUAUCCUCCUGUUCCGGCGAACCGCCAAGGAAGAUCUUCAACAGCAGCAGGCCGUGGCGGAGCUAUUGACCUUCUAUUAUGAUGUGAUGCCCGACAUCGCCUUAGAAGAGAAUUUCGAUGUGUCACUGGUCCUAGUAGAGGUUCUCAAGCGACUGGAGGAGUCGGAGCUUAGUGCGGACGAUUCCGAGAUGCUCUUAAGCCAGCUUCAGAGUGUUCUCCAGAUCGCGCAGCAAUCUACAUCGAUGCGUUGGUGGCAGAAACCAGCCUCUAUGCAAUACUCGCCGUUCACCUCGGUUCUCAAAGUCCUUGUCGGAACCUCGGACAAAGUCUCUUCGCGACGAAUCUCUGUUCUGUUAAGGACUGUCCUUGUGGAUAACUCUGUCUUCCAAAGUUCUCCGCUGUCAUUCAAUGCGCUCUUGACAAGUCUUGAGGAUGCUGAAUCGGAAACUUUGCACAAGCAGCUGGUUUUCAUCGAAAAUUGCAUUUCUCGCGUGGCUAAGAAACCUGUUCAUUACCUCGACCUCAUCAACUCUCUCUCCAAGGAUGCGGCUACUACUACAAGUUCGUUUGUGGCUGCUAUCGUCGAGCAGUGGCCCUUUGUGGUGAAGGCAGGCGACGUAAGCACCGAAGUUGCUGUGGGCACAUGGAUUGCCAAGCUAUUCGGCCAACUCAAACAAGCCGGAGAGAACACAGGUGCUCUGAAGGCCGCGCGUGAUGCCCUGACUGAAACCACCGAAGCCAAAAAGGUCCGCUCUGCGCUGAAAAAAUGUCUUAAGGGAGUCGAAGAUGUUGAAUCGGAAGAUAAAAUGGAGAUCGACUCUGGCCCAACCCAGCCAAGUUCAUCCAUCAUGCCCGCGGAGAGAGAGGAACUCGAAGCAGCUGUGGAGCAAGGCCAGAUUGCCGAGCUGAUGCUCUGCUUGUGCUCUGAGCACGAGGAAGUGCGGAGGCAAGCAUUCGCCAAUGUCGCACGCUUCAUGGCCCAAUUGAAGGAAUCCAAAUAUGCUGAAUGGCGCUCUGUUUACACCCUGACUGGUGAAUUACUCGAGACCGUCAAUGCGCUUGGUAUCAGUGCGGGUGAGCCCAUCCCUUGGAUUGUUGGUGAAUGCGCGGCCAACUGCCUUGCGGUCAUCACGAGCCCCUUGCACAAGGUAUAUGGCAAGGUGAACAAAUUCUUGCAAAAGGGACCAGCGUGGGAAGUUGAGAAGAUCCCGUCUUACUGGAUCGACAAGAUCUUCUUACACGAGCCUGAGCUGGAUGAUGGAUUCUUCGACGAGAUUGAUUGGCUCUUGGGAUUGUUCGUGAAGGGUCUUCGCAGCAAAGCGGAUAUGGAAAUCUACCGUCGUGCGAAUGUCUUCGAGCGCAUCCUCUCGCUAUAUCAGUCUUCAAGCAUUGGCACCGAGGCUCGCAAAAAGAUCUUGCAUAUCAUCUUCCGUGCAGCUCAGGUCGGUGGCAGCACGACGCUCAUCACUCGGGCUGCCAUCAUCAGCUGGAUUGAGGUCCAGAUCACUGUGGCCAAUGCUAAGGAGGCGGCUCUCCUCUCGGCUCUCGCGCGGAAGCUAUACGAAAUGUCUGAUCGCGAACGAGUUGAUGCUUGGAGUGCGGGCACGAUUGAGCAGGCGCUCAAGCAGAUUGAACAGGCAUAG